UGCAUGCCUUUAUACAGUCAGGUUAAUUGUGAUCGGAUAUUAGACAGACAGAAGUCCUAGUCUUUACUACUGCUGUGGGAUUCCUGGUUUUAUUUGAGACAGUUUAAUGAGCCGGGUCCAUGGACCCCCAACAGUCUGCCCUCCCACUGCAGCUGCAUAGCAACAGUUUUGCUAUGAGCUCUGGACAAGUGCCAAAACUAAGCGCGGGAUACAAUGGAGGAGGAGGUGGAGGAGGAGGAGGAGGAGGAGGAGGAGGAGGCCAAGAAGCAGAACUUAAUCAGCAAAACAUGACCUCCUCUGCUCAUGUCAGUUCCAGGCUGAACCCAGAUGAACAGUUCCAGAGCCCACUGGAGCCUCUGGUUCACUGCCAUGCCAAGGGCGAGCUGGACAUCAAGAGCAGGAGCUGCAGUCUACUCACCAUCUGCCGCUCUGGAGUAAUGUUUCCCUGGAUGAAUCCACGGACAACUGACUCUGACCAAUCUGUCAGCGGCGGCGUGGCGGCCGGUCGACCCGCCAGAGGGAGGCCCGGUGUGAGGAGGGAGAGGACGGCCUUCACCAACAGCCAGCUGCUGGAGCUGGAGAAGGAGUUCCACUUCAGCCCCUACCUGCGUCGCCCUCGGAGGCUGGAGAUGGCCGCCGGGCUUCAGCUCACCGAUCGCCAAGUCAAGAUCUGGUUUCAGAACCGCAGGAUGAGGUACAAGAAGGAGCACAAGUAUGGAAAAGUGGUAGGCCAGCAUUCUCCCUCCAACCCGUCCUCCAGCUCGAGCUCAUGCACGGACAACCUGAGUUUCCCGGGUGCGUGUGUGGUUAGAACUUCCUCCUCCUCCUCCUCCUCAGACCUGCACUUCAUGGAUUAUGCUCCCGUGUCCUCCUCUCUCCUUGGCCCUCACAGCGAUGGCAGCGGUGGUCAGUGUAUUCACCCCGCAGACCUGCCACAUGUGAGUUGCAUACUUCCAUCUGUUGCAAAUGGGGCAUGGCCCGCCUGUACGGACGUGGAUAGUCAUCACCAUGCUGGCAUUUCAAAUUGGCCCUAGGGCCCUAUAAUGGCCAUCCCUCCUGUGCUCAUCAAAAUCUCAAUGAUACAUCCACUUUCACUUACUUAUGAAAGACUGGAGGGUGUCUGAUUAGCAACCCAGGGCUGAAAUCCCCUUAACACGCCCUUUCACCAUUCAUGAAGCAUUUUAAUUAAACUAUAUGAACAUAUCUUAAUUAAAGGAGAGCCAAAGUGAAAUCAUUUGUGUUUCUCAGGCUCGGUGACUGAAGACUGCAGGUCUUCAAACUUGCUGCUCAUGUUGUACGUACAUGGCGUGCACAAGACAUUGGAGCAAUUAAUGAUUACAUGUUUUUUGCUGUAAUUUUGUGACUGUUACAUUUGUAUUGUUGUUGCAUGUUUAAUGCAUGUGGGAAUCAUACUCUGAGUGAGUUUUUCUACUUCCCUCUGUUGGCAGAUAAUAGUUAAGUGGUUGUCAUAUUUUGUAAGUGUCACAUUAGGGCCUCUUUUUCAUCCCGUACUGUAAAUAGCAGGUCGUUUUGUGUAAAAUGUUUUAACUGUGAAAUGGACAGAGUAAUGUUCAUAUUGAAUGAUGUUAUAUUUUUGUUAAAGCCAUUAAAGGAUACGGCGAGUCUUUGAUACUGUUCUUGAUGAAUUGAGAUGUCACACAGUAUACUGUACAUGCUUAAUAAAUGCAUUUGGGAAAACUGUA